UUUGACAUUACAUAAUAUGACAGAAAAAAUUACCUAACCUCUAAUAUGUGCUAAAUGGAAAAGUGUAAAUAAAAUGGCAUUACAAAAGGAAAAAUACAGUAAAAUUCCUGAAGAUGCAGUUAUUUUAACAGAGGACCAAGCUUUAAUUUAUCAAACCAAAUUAAUGGCCAAUUGGCCAAAUACGAAGGAUGUGUUUGGGUUUAAAUAUGGAUCAAUGGCGAUAGCUACUGCUAGCAUGGUAACAGGAAUUUAUUUUAACCAACAUUUUAGAGGAAUGUUCAGGUUGCUCAACUAUGGUCAAAUGUCAUCCUAUCUACCAAUAACUGCCAUACCAACUGCAAUAUCUUUAUUUUCUCACCAACAGUUUGUUCUAGGUCCUCUUUUACUGGACCGAAAAGGCUGUCCAAUAUGCUUACAAACAAGAGCCUCAGCGAUACAGGCAUUGUGUGGAUGCUUACUGCCCCUAGUUUUGUCACCAAUUACCUCAUUAGCGCUAGUCCAUCGAUACCACACAUACGACAUGCCUUAUAUAACGAAAGAACCACGAAAAGCGUUCCAGGUUAUAGCAAAAGUGUUCAAACCGAUCAAGAAUGUGACGUUUUACUUGUUUUUGGGGCACGCGUUCCUCGCCAGUCUGGUAACCUACUUCGAGGCUGAUUCGAUCAACACAGUUGACAUGAAAUUAGCGCUAGCAGAAACUGAAGAGGAGUUUCGUAAUUGAAGUACAAUGAAAUGCAUUAAUGUGAUAAUUGUUUUUGUAAAUAUAUUUAGUGUUUUUUAAAAAG